AUGGAAUCAGCUCUAGUCGCUCCAUCCGACCCCAUGAUAAGGGUUCCUAUAAGGGUUAGCAACCCUAUAACGAUCAUGCUGAAGGAUAAUGAUGAUAGGCAUAAUAUCCCUGGAAUCAAUCAAAGCGAAUGGAGAUCUCUAAAGGCUGUUGUAAACUAUCCCACCAUGAAGUGUCCCAUAAAUUUUGAAGAAAAAUUAAGCUUUACUUCUUUCGGCCAACCACUACUAAAUUAUAGAUCCAUAACCUGGAAUGCCGAAACUGGUUCACCCAUGCAAUUAGAAAGUGGAUUUUUACACAUAGAUAAAGAUGGGACUUCUAUAGCUUUAAUUGCGGCACAAAAUUUUGGAGUUGCUGUAGUAGAAGAAGGUUUAGUAGUGGGCAAUACUAUAAUUACAAAUAGCUCUUGCAUAGGACACAUGAAAUUCGUUAAGCAAAAAAUUGUUACUAUUCAAAGAUGUUAUAAACUAAAUGAAAAUGGACAAUUAGAUUAUUGUGUUAUGCUGGAGACUCCACAGACUCCUCUUACACAACAUAUAGCUGCAUGCUAUGAAAAAUGUACCUGA